GGUUUCUGUCUUGCGCGCGCAGAUUCGCGCAGACCAGGAAGCGGAUACGUGGAGUGAGGGUCACACCGCGGAGGAUUGACUUCUAAAGACUCUUGGUACAUGAGGAAGAAACCUGGAAGAGGAAGAGGAAAGCAAAGGAGUCAGGGAUGGCUCCUCCUCAGGGUCUGUUGACAUUCAGGGAUGUGGCCAUAGAAUUCUCUCAGGAGGAGUGGAAAUGCCUGGACCCUGCUCAGAGGACUCUAUACAGAGACGUGAUGUUGGAGAAUUAUAGGAACCUGGUCUCCCUGGAUAUCUCUUCCAAAUGCAUGUUGAAGACAUUGUCAUCAACAGGGGAAGGCAAUAGAGAAGUGAUCCUCACCAGGACAUUGCAAAGACAAGCAAAUCAUCACACUGGAGAUUUUUGCUUCCAGAAAAUUGAGAAAGACAUUCAUGGCUUCGAGUUGCAGUGGAAAGAAGAUGAAACAAAUGGUCAUGCAGCACCCAUGACAGAAAUCAAAGUGUUGACUGACAGUACAGACCGACAUGAUCAAAGGCAUGCUGGAAACAAGUCUAUUAAAGAUCAGCCUGGAUCAAGCUUUCAUUCACAUCUGCCUGAACUGCACAUAUUUCAGCUUGAAGGGAAAAUUGAUAAUCAAGUUGUGAAAUCUCUCAACGAUGCUUCCUCAGUUUCAACAUCCCAAAGAAUUUCUUGUAGGCCCAAAACCCGUAUUUCUAAUAAGUAUGGAAAUAAUUCCCUCCAUUCUUCAUUACUCACACAAAAAUGGGAAGUACACAUGAGAGAAAAAUCUUUCCAUUGUAUAGAGAGUGGCAAAUCCUUUAAUUGUAGCUCACUUUUAAAAAAAUAUCAGAUAAUCCACUUAGAAGAGAAACAAUGUAAAUGUGAUGUAUGUGGCAAGGUCUUUAAUCAGAAGCGAUACCUUACAUGCCAUCAUAGAUGUCACAUUGGUGAGAAACCUUACAAGUGUAAUGAGUGUGGUAAGACCUUUGGUCACAAUUCAUCCCUCUUCAUUAACAAGGCACUUCAUACAGGUGAUAAACCUUAUAAAUGUGAAGAAUGUGACAAAGUUUUCAGUCGCAAAUCACAUCUUGAAACACAGAAGAUAAUUUGUACUGGAGAGAAAACAUACAAAUGUAAGGUUUGUGACAAAGCUUUCACAUGUAAUUCAUACCUGGCAAAACAUACUAUAAUUCAUACUGGAGAGAAACUUUAUAAAUGUGAUGAAUGUGGCAAGGUUUUUAAUCGACUAUCAACCCUUGCACGCCAUCGUAGACUUCAUACUGGAGAGAAACCUUUUGAAUGUGAAGAAUGUGACAAAGUUUUCAGCCGUAAAUCACACCUUGAAAGACAUAAAAGGAUUCAUACUGGAGAGAAACCAUACAAAUGUAAAGUUUGUGACAAGGCUUUCGCAUAUAAUUCAUAUCUGGGAAAACAUAGUAUAAUUCACACUGGAGAGAAACCUUACAAGUGUAAUGAAUGUGGCAAGGUUUUUAAUCAACAGUCAACUCUUGCACGCCAUCAUAGACUUCACAGUGCAGAAAAACCAUACAAAUGUGAAGACUGUGACAAAGUUUUCAGGUGCAAAUCACACCUUGAAAGACAUAGGAGGAUUCAUACUGGAGAGAAACCAUACAAAUGUAAGGUUUGUGACAAGGCUUUCCAGAGUGAUUCGUGCAUUACAGAACAUCAGAGAGUUCAUACUGGAGAGAAACCUUACACAUGUAAUGAAUGUGGCAAGGUUUUUAGUACAAAAGCAAACCUUGCAUGUCAUCAUAAACUUCAUACUGCAGAGAAACCUUACAAAUGUGAAGAAUGUGAGAAAGUUUUCAGUCGCAAAUCACACCUGGAAAGACAUAGGAGGAUUCAUACUGGAGAGAAACCAUACAAAUGUAAGGAUUGUGACAAGGCUUUCCGGAGGGAUUCACACCUGGCACAACAUCAGAGAGUUCACACUGGAGAGAAACCUUACAAGUGUAAUGAGUGUGGCAAAACCUUCCGUCAGACAUCAUCCCUUAUAAUCCAUCGUAGGCUUCAUACUGGAGAGAAACCUUACAAGUGUAACGAGUGUGGCAAGACCUUCAGUCAGAUGUCAUCCCUUGUAUACCAUCAUAGACUUCAUAGUGGAGAGAAACCUUACAAGUGUAAUGAAUGUGGCAAAGUUUUUAAUCAACAAGCACACCUUGCACAGCAUCAGAGAGUUCAUACUGGAGAGAAACCUUACAAGUGUAAUGAGUGCGGCAAGACUUUCAGUCAGAUGUCAAACCUUGUAUACCAUCGUAGACUUCAUAGUGGAGAGAAACCUUAAAAGUAUAAUGAGAGUGGCAAUGCCUUCCAUCACAAUUCAACCCUUAUAAGUCAUAAAGCCAUUCGUACUGGAGAGAAACCUUACAAGUGUAAUGAAUGUGGCAAGGUUUUUAAUCAAAAAGCAACCCUUGCACGUCAUCAUAGACUUCAUACUGGAGAGAAACCUUACAGAUGGGAAGAAUGUGACAGAGUUUUCAGUCGCAAAUCAAACCUUGAAACACAUAAGAAAAUUCAUACUGAAGAGAAACCAUAUAGAUGUAAGGUUUGUGAGAAGAUUUUCGCAUAUAAUUCAUACCUGGCAAAACAUCCUAGAAUUCACACUGGAGAGAAACCUUAGAAGUGUAAUGAAUGUGGCAACACCUUUGGUCAAAAUGCACGCCUUGUAAUUCAAAAGACAAUUCAUACUGGAGAGAAACCUUACAAGUGGAGUGAAUGUGGCAUGGUUUUUAAUCAACCAUCACAUCUUGCAAGUCAUCAUAGAUUUCAUUCUGCAGAGAAAUCUUAAAAAUGUGAAGACUGUGACAAGGUUUUCAGUUGCAAAUCACAGCUUGAAAGGAUAAUUCAUACUGGAGGAAAACCAUACAAAUGUAAGGUUUGUAACAAGGCUUUUGGGAGUGAUUCACACCUGGCAAAACAUACUAGAAUUAACACUGGAGAGAAACCUUACAAGUGUAAUGAGUGUGGCAAAACCUUCCGUCAGACAUCAUCCCUUAUAAUCCAUCAUAGGCUUCAUACUGGAGAGAAACCUUACAAGUGUAACGAGUGUGGCAAGACCUUCAGUCAGAUGUCAUCCCUUGUAUACCAUCAUAGACUUCAUAGUGGAGAGAAACCUUACAAGUGCAAUGAGUGUGGCAAAGUCUUUAGUGGGCAGUCACCACUUAUUCACCAUCAAGCAAUCCAUAGUAUACAGAAAGUUAACUAAUGUAAUGAUUGUCACAAAGUUUUCAGCAAUGCUACAAUCAUUGCAAAUAAUUGGAGAAUGCAUAAUGAAGAGAGAUCUUACAAGUGUAAUAAAUGUGGCAAAUUUUUCAGACAUCGUUCAUAUCUUGCAGUUCUUUGUCCAACUCAUGCUGGAGAGAAACCUUAUAAAUGUCAUGAUUGUGGCAAGGUCCUCAGUCAAGUUUCAUCCUACGCAAAACAGGAGAAUUCAUACAGGAGAGAAACCUCACAAGUUUGAUGAUUGUGGCAAAGCCUUUACGUUCACAUCUCAAUUGGCAUCAGAAAAUCCAUACUGGACAGAAAUCUUACAAAUGUCAUCAGUGUGGUAAGGUCUUCAGUCUGAGGUCGCUCCUCACAGAACAUCAGAAAAUUCAUUUUGGAGACAGUUAUUUCAAAUGUGAUAAGUAUAGCAAACCAUCAAGCAUGAGUUGACAUUACAGUCAAACAAGCAUUGACCUGAGUUUGAGUUGACUUAACAUUGAGUUCAAGCAUUAAUUGACAUUAAACUGUUUAUGUUAAGAGGAUUGGACUGGGUGCUGUGGCUCAUGCCUGUAAUGCCAGCACUUUGAGAGGCCAAGACAGGUAGGUCACUGGAGGUUAAAAGUUUGAGAACAGCCUGGCCAACAGACGGGAGCCACUUUUCCCAGCCUGUGUUUUCAUUUCUUUUUUUUUUUCUUUUUUUUUUUUUUUGAGAUGGAGUCUUGCUCUGUCACCCAGGUUGGAGUGCAGUGGCAUGAUCUCGGCUCACUGCAGCCUCUGCCUCCCAGGUUCAAGUGAUUCUCCUGCCUCAGUCUCCCGAGUAACUGGGACUACAGGUGCGUGCCACCAUGCCUGGGUAAUUCUUUGUAUUUUUAGUAGAGACUGGGUUUCAGCGUGUUCGCCUGGAUGAUCUUGAUUUUCUGACCUUAUGAUCCACCUGCCUCCACCUCCCAAAGUGCCGAGAUUAUGAGUGUGAGCCACCGUGACUGGCCUGUUUUUUGUUUAACAGAAAGUUAUAUGGAUUUCUAUGAGUGUUGUAUUGAAUCUAAAUCACAUUUGGUUAUGUAAUCAUUGAGCAAUACUAAUUUUUCCAAUCAAUAUGGGUUGUGUAUGUAUUUAUACAUUUUUAAUCAUUUUGAUCAAUGUUUGUAGAUUUCAAGGUACAAGCUUCUCACCUUUAUGUUUAUUCCUAAGUAUUUCUUACUUUAAGCUCUUUAGCAAAUGGAAGUGGUUUUUAAUUUUCUUUUAAAAUUAUUUGUUGUUAAUGUAUGGAAAUCCAACUAAUUUUUGGUGCUGUUAUUCUAUUCUGCAAAUACACUGAAUGUGUUCCAGUUGUACUUUGGUUGACUGUGAUUUUCUUCACAGAAGAUCAUGCCGUCUACAAACAAAUAGAAUUUGACUUCUUUCUUUCU